GCGAGACGCGUCAGGCGCCGCGGCGGGGUCCCUCCCCUUCAGCCGCCCCGAGCCCGAGCGGCGGGUAGCGGCUCGGCGGCGGGGAUGAGUCAAGCCGCCUCGCGCCCGCCGGCGCCGCCUCCGCCAUGAAGCGGAAGAGCUGGGCCGAGGCCCGGCGCCGCGCUGCCCCGGCGCCGCCGCCGGCGCUGAAGAGAACGCGGGGCGCGGCGGCAGCGGAGCGGCGGCGGCCGCCACCUCCGCCUCCCGCCGCCGGGACUGAGACCUGCGUGAGAAUCGCCGAUCGCCUUUAUUUUGCAAUUCUCUGCCAAAAACCAAAGAGUGGAGCUGCAAAUACGCAUUAUUUCUGCAUAGAUGAUGAACUUGUAUAUGAGAACUUCUAUGCAGAUUUUGGACCACUCAAUCUGGCAAUGGUCUACAGAUACUGCUGCAAGCUAAAUAAAAAAUUACAGUCAUUUUCAUUGAUAAGGAAGAAAAUAGUUCAUUAUACUGGCUUUGAUCAGAAAAAACAAGCAAAUGCUGCGUUCCUGAUAGGCUCCUACGCAAUAAUAUACCUGAGAGAAUCCCCAGAAGAUGUGUACAGGCUUUUAUUGGCUGGAAGCAUUUCGUAUCUUCCUUUCAGAGAUGCUUCCUUUGGUACUAGCAGUUUUCAUCUGACAUUGCUGGACUGUUUUCAUGCAAUAAACAAGGCUUUGCAAUAUGGUUUCCUGGAUUUCAAUACAUUUGAUGUAAAUGAAUAUGAGCAUUAUGAAAGAGCAGAAAAUGGAGAUUUUAACUGGAUAAUACCAAACAAAUUCAUUGCCUUCAGUGGACCUCAUUCAAGAAGUAAAAUUGAAAAUGGCUAUCCUCACCAUGCUCCAGAGGCUUAUUUUCCAUAUUUCACAAAGCAUAAAGUUACUACUGUAAUACGCCUCAACAAAAAACUGUAUGAUGCCAAACGAUUUACAGAUGCCGGAUUUGAGCAUUUUGACCUCUUCUUUGCUGAUGGAAGCAUACCUAGUGAUACUAUAGUUAAAACAUUUCUAAAUAUUUGUGAAAAUGCUGAAGGUGUUAUAGCCGUUCAUUGCAAAGCUGGUCUUGGACGAACUGGCACACUUAUUGCUUGUUACAUUAUGAAGCAUUAUCGGAUGACAGCUGCUGAAACUAUUGCCUGGAUUAGAAUAAAUAGACCUGGGUCAGUGAUUGGACCACAACAGCACUUCCUGAUGGACAAACAAGCAGAACUUUGGACAGAAGGAGAUAUUUUCCGUGCAAAAUUGAAAGGAAAUUGUAAGAUUGCUGUAACAAGAAUUCUGUCAGGAGUAGAUGAUAUUUCAAUUAAUGACACAAGAAACAGGAGAACCAUCCAGAAGGACAUUGAACUGUACAGUGAUGAAGAUGAAACAAACUGUGUAACACAAGGUGAUAUGCUUCGUGCUCUGAAAAGCAGAAGGCAGACAAAAGGUCUGACUGCAUCUCCACUAACAGUAAUUCUGCAGUCCAGUGUUCAGAAAAAUAAAACCUCUGAACCUAGCAUUUCUGACAGUACAGACAUUACUAAAAGAACUACCAGGUCUGCUGCAAGAAAAAAAAGUUUAAAAAGCAUUCCCGUGUACUCUUAAUUCUUCCAUUUUCUUGUCUGCAGCCAAUCCGUCCCAAAGACCAGAACAGUAUUGCGUUAAAUUUCAAAUGAGCAAUCAUGUUGAAGAGGAUAUUCAGGAGUGAAGGGGAUGUGACUAGAGGGGACUUGUUCAAAUUCAAGGAAGAUUACUUUGGCUACAUUUUUCAGCAAAAGUGAAACAGAAUAAUCUCUUCCAUACUUGUAGAAUAAAAUGGACUGUCGACAUGCUUGGUAGACUCUUCUAAUGUGCUGAUAAUUCCUCAUUCAAACCAAGAAAAAUCUGUGUAUGUUUAGACUCAGGUGUAAAUACUUAAGCUCUCUAUUAUAAAGAGGGCUUGCUAGUAUGUAUGAUGCAUGUGUAUAAAUUGUGAUGGCAAUCACUUAGCUGCUGACCACCAGAAAUGAAAAGAUGGUAGGAGCUUUUAAAUAUAUAAAUCUGUUGUCCAUUUAGACUGGGCUGAAGUCUCUGUUUGAGGCUGAAAAUCAACCAUGAAAGCUGUUUUCUUACAGUAUUGGUACUCUCCUGUGUUAACUGGCUAUUCUUUCUUAUUUUGUAUGAAGUUUUUUAUGAAGCCACAGUAUUGAGUACACAAAGUAACUAUUGUCUACCAAAGAGUGCAUUUAUUUCAAAGAUUGUGUGGUUUGUUUAUUUUGGAAGAAACUAACUAUAAGCAAUUAACUUGUUUUUAAUGGUAAUAGAAUUUUUUAGUUGUUCACAACCAAUGGCUCUUUUAAAUAGUUGUAAUUGCUUUAAGUCCAGUAUGAUAUUAAGGGGGAGGAAAAACAGCUUAACAUUCAAAGCAGUGCUGUCAUAUUGAAAUGUCUUUUCCUAUCUUGAAGUAUUUUAGGUAGAACUUUAGAUUACCAUAUCUAAAAGGUAAGAUUUUUUUUCCCAGGUUUUAUUGGUACACUUGAUAAUAUGUGGAUGUCACUGUUUUUCAGCUUUGAGACACUUAAUAAGUGCAGCAAAAGAAAAAGGGAAAAUAAGCUUGCUGUACAUCUGAGAUUGGUAUUAGAACUCAGGGGCAGGUAUAGUAUUUAACAUCUAAUUAACAUUUUGAAAUCUAGAGCUUACCUUUGUUUAAAAGCAGUGUAAUUUUUAGAGGAAUCUGUCUGAAACUGAAAUUUUCAUCCACUACAAGACUGUCUUCAAACAUUGGCAGCACCUUUUCCCUGCCACUUUUUAUGAAAUCUCAAAGCUGGAUUUGCAGUGAUGUAUCCUUAUCUGCCAACUGAAGUUUAUAGCUGCAUAUCCCUCACAGGAGGACUGUUACCGCAUAGCCUUAAAUAUGAUACAGUUACCUGUUGAUUUAGUAACUCAUACAGUAGAAAGUAGAAUAAGCUGAGAGAGCUGAAAUUUUAGAAUGGAAUAACUGAAGUUUUCAAAGAUGAAAAUAACCUCUGUAAGAGGGAGAAUUUUUUUCUUUAUGAAUGUGCAUGGGCAGGUUCAGUGACUAGUUUCAAUCUACAUUCUUUUAUAUUAAAAUUAAGCUUUUUGUUCAACUGGUGAUUUUUGAAUGCCAAUAUGAAUAAUCACACAUUGGUUUGAAUACAUUUUGUGGCAAGAGCAUUACAAAUUGGAGGGAAAGCAUGAUGUGAAAUGGAAGUCAGCUUAUAGGUAGCAUCCCUGAGUAUGGGUGGUCAAAAUUUGCAAGUGUGAAUACAAAGAAAAUAGAAGAGGCUUGUAUUGUGCAAAAUAGAGGAGCAUUGAGGCUCAGAUUCCAAAUAUUUUUUUGUUUCCCUUUUCACCCUCACUACCAUUUUCUUCUGGGUGAAAAGCAUCUAAAAGAGAGGGACAGGAUUCACCCUGAUCCAGUGAUUAAAAUAUUUUUUCCUUUUUUUUUUUUCCUUAUGUAAACCACUUGCCUGUUAGCUGAAAUACAGGUAACCACAGUAGUAUAUAUUAUCCAUAUAUGAAUCUGUGUUUAUUUUUGAAGAAAAUUCUUACCUUGAAAAGCAGAAGGGAUGAAACUAGUGAGGUGAGAGGGUAAGAGUCAAAGCAAGAAAAAUUUAGUAAUGUUGUGUUUGGCUUAGCCCUUUUCUCAGCUGAGCUGCUUCUUUUAGCAUCUUUGUUUCAAACCUAAAAAUAAUCAUUCUAUUUCACAUCCCCUUCCAAAUCUGAAUUUGCCGCCUUUUAAAAUAACCACCAGAGCCAUUAGCACUUUCAGGUUCAUCAAAAGUAAAUUUCCAUAAAACAAGUGUACAAGCACACACAAUAGGAACUCUAGCUAAACCAAAACUGCUUGUCUGGAAUGAAUGUGUGUCAGGAUACCCUUUCCAUCACCGAGUAUCUUAGUGAGAAACACAUAAAUGUCAAAGGAGUUAUACAUUUGAACUCUCCAACAGCCUUAUAUGGAAAAUUAACUCAUUACCUCAUUGUGUCCCAUCUACUUGUAUUGCUUAGUUUAUUCUUCUGAAUUUUUGGUACUUUGUGUAGCAUUUUUAUGAUAGCAUACCAAAGCUGUCUUGUACAAGAAUGAAGAGUGGGCAUGGGUGAGGGGGUCCACGGUUUCUAAAUCUUUUUUGAAUUGCAAAGUAUUAUGUGCCAAAAUGGAAUGUGUUGUGGCAGCUGCAUCACCAUUGAACCACAGAGCAGCUGAAGGAAGUUAUUUCUGCUGCCAUCAGUUAGGAGUUUUUCCUUAGAAAUUCUUUCCUCUUUCAAAUACGUGGCAGAUGGAGUCUCCCUUGAUCUCAUAUUGAAAAGUAUGCAACAUACUCAAAAGCUGUAAUAUCUUGCGUCAAAUUGCUAGCUUCCAUUACAGCACCAAUAACUCAGAUGUUAACCCAGACUUUUUGCCUCAGUAUGACAAUAGAGAAAGUGCUGCUGAUUUAUAAGAAAAAAGUACGAUUUGUAGAGACUUAUGCAUUAAAACGGGGGGAAAAAAAAGAAAAAUGUGAUGUUCACUGGUUUGUUGCACUGCAGUUUUUAUAUUAUGGUUUGCAGACUGUUUGUCUUGCGUAAACUUGUGUACAGACUAUCAAGAUCUAAAAUUUCUUGACUAAUCAGUACUGUUCAUCCUGAUUAUUUUUAAAUUGUAUAUUUCUAAUCAUAUUUUUUUAACAUGGAUUGACAGAAUGGGAGUUUAUUUUGCUGAAGGUAUUUUUAAGAUAAAGCUUCAUAUUAUCUUGUAAUAUUAAGUAGUUCAAAAUGCAUUUGUGUCUCAUUUGAAAAUAAUGCAUACUGUAUUUUAUACAAAAUAUUAGUGAUUAUUGUAAACAUGAAUUGUGUAAAAUUAAAAAUAAUAAUCAAAGUUUGUUUUCUCAUUUUUAUUUCCAGCUUUCAAAAAAAAAUCUGCAAAAAAACUUACCUGUACCAGAUUGACUCAUUUAUGCUCUGAAAAAUAAAGCAAGAAUCUCUGCUACCUGAAAACUUAAUUAAAGCACAAAUCCUUAAAACAUACUUUUCUAAUUUUAAAAAUAGAAAACAUCUAGCUCUACAUUUCAGGGGACUUCCAGUGGAAACAACAGUAAUUGUAUUUCAGUUGUUGGCAUGCUCUACCCACUAAAACAUACAGGUAAAACGGAACAGUUGGGUUCUAGUUAACUUGUUUCCCUCUAGUAUGAUGAUAGUUUUUUGAAACAGGGAUCAUUCUUACCAUGAAAGUGAAAGUUCCCCAAAAGUAAAAACUAAAUUUUUAGGAAUGCUUCUUUUUGUGUAAGAGUUGAUGGUGGUCUAGUUUGGGCUUUGAAAAAAGAACAUCCAAACACAGCAGCAAAAGUAUUGACAAACUCAGAUACUUCUAAUCACCCUUAUCAUACCUACAUUAGAAAAUGCAGAAUUUGCACACCCCAAACACAGGCUCUUUGACAAGCAGGUAAAACUUCACUUGCUCCAAAGUUUUAAUGACUGGAAAAAUCUGCAUUCAUCUGUUCUAAGGUGUUCCUUUCUAAACUUACAUGAAUGUUGAAACCACCUUUUCUCAACAACAUGGUUGCCUGCCAAAGAGUGAAUGAUGGGUUCUUGCUGGGAAAACAUGAGGUUAGGCAUAAAGUGGCUAUCAAUAGCUGAGUGGGUCAGUUGGUGGUGUAAAUGCUUCUCCCCAAGUUCUUUAGAGAUGGUGUCUCCCCGAGACUGCCAGAACGGUACAGGGAGAGUGACUAUAUUUAACAGCAU